UCACCACAGUUAUUCUAGUUUUAGAUUUGCUUGUUAGCUUGUUUUGAAUUAGUUUCUGGAGUGAUGAUCCAGAUCUGUCUGGGUUUUAUUUAUAUUUCAGUGAGAAAUUUUCACUCAUGUAGUUUUUAGUUCACCGUAUAAUCAAUAUGAUAUGAACAGAUUUGUUCAGUUCAGUUUGAUGAAGUAUUUGAUCUAAGAUCUAAUUAAAACUUGAGAAAUUUGCAGUGCAGAUGUUUACAAAAAUUAAAAUUUCUAAGAGAUUUAAUGAAAAACAAGUCUUUUCUGAUGAUUUAUGGUGCUGAGCAGAAGGAGUUAAGCUGAGUGAAUGGGGACUGUAUACUAAAGUAGUUAUUCUCUGAAAAUCUAAGCUAGCUAACAGGUUCAGAGGUCAGUUUGUUUCUCUCAUAGUGUUUUGCUGUAAACGGUGUCCUCCUUUCAUGAAGGAUGCAGCGUCUCUAAUGUAGGAGGUAACUAAGGGAGCACUGAAGCUAAUUUCUUGUGGCGGCAGCAAAGUGAAAUUAGCAGUUAGACCCCAGUCUUACUGUUACUUUGUCGAUGCUUUUAAUUUGAAAGUCCCCUUAGCGGAUUUGGCGUCAGCCCGUUUCCCUUGGAGCUCUUUCAGUGUAACACCCGAUCAUGAAUCGGAGACUCGUUCCGACGCGCGAGGACUGCGUGUACACGAGCUGCUACUGUGAAGAAAAUGUCUGGAAACUCUGUGACUAUGUCAGAAAACAGAGAACCGCACCGCUGGAACAUCUGUUUGUGAUCUUCAUCUCCAAUGAGACGAGAACGGUUCCUCUGUGGAAGCAGAAGUCUGGACACGGAGACCUGCCGGUUAUCUGGGACUACCAUGUGAUCCUGCUGCAGGCAGAUCAAUCGGACUCUCUAGUGUAUGAUCUGGAUUCAACGCUCUCGUUUCCCUGCAGCCUGAAGCUUUACGCUGCCCAAGCCUUACGCUCAGAGAGUGACAUCAGACCAGAAUACCACAGGAAGUUUCGUGUGGUUCCUGCUGACAGCUUCCUGUUGAACUUCGCAUCUGAUCGAUCUCACAUGAGGAACUCUGAUGGAUCGUGGAAGAUGCCUCCCCCUACGUACGCCCCUAUAUGCACUGCAGAGUGCCAGAUGAACCUAGAUGGUUUCAUCAACAUGGACCCUGCCAUCUGCUGGGGUGUGGUCUUCAGCCUUAACCACUUCCUGCAGAGAUACAUUGGAAGCACCUCAUCAGCCUCAUCCUCUUCUUCAUCAGCAGCAAGAUCGUCGUAGUUGUGGUUUUGAGGGGUUUUUUUCGAUUGUGGGCUCCAGAUGUUUGAAGUGGAAUGAAGAGUCCUCCUGCCAGCUGCUGUCCCACAUGACCAUGUGAAACGAAAUUGGUUCUUGUAACUGUUCACCGUUGUCCCACCCCCUUAUAAAAUGCAAGAUAUUUUGAUAGUUGUUCAGCCAAAAACCAUCGAUGUACAUAUGAACAUAUUGAUCAUUUGAUGACUUAUUGGUGAACUUGUUGAUCAGAAGAGUGCUUUCACCCCGAUCAAUAAAACUCUCCAUAAUGUC